UUCCGUUGGCGCAGAGCCUUGACGACAGCUUCUACUGUCAGACCUUCGUUACCACUCUCCCCUUUUUGGUCGGUUUACCACCACGGUUGAAGCUAUGUUAUCGCAUUCCCGAUGUCUUUCCCGGACACUCGGGCGGUCUCUGUCUGCGUUAAGUCAGGGGAAUAAUGUGCUGGCUGGAAGGACUGCUUCAGGCCUAUCCGUUGGCAACAGGGUUGUCUACAGGAACAGUCAGUCUAGAUUUGAGUCUCCGUCAUCAGUUGGUGUCUUCCACAUCAGAUACUUCAAGACGUCUGCAGCACACAGGGAUGAAGUUGUCACCGUCAACACCCCUCCGUUCUCUGAGUCGAUCACAGAAGGGGACGUCAGGUGGGAGAAAGCUGUUGGAGAUUCAGUGAAAGAGGAUGAGGUGGUGUGUGAGAUCGAGACUGACAAGACCUCGUUGCAGGUGCCGUCUCCAGCGUCCGGUGUGAUCACGGAGCUGCUCGUACCAGAUGGAGGGAGAGUGGAGGCCGGGAAUCCCCUCUUCAAACUCAAAAAAGGAGCUGCAGCAGCCGCUUCUGCCCCUGUAGCUGAGGCCCCUGCAGCAGCCGCUGCUCCAACCCCGGCUGCCAUCCCUGUCGCCAUGCCCGCGGUGCCUCCCGUGCCAACACAAGCAGCCCAAGCCAAACCUGUUUCUGCAGUCAAGCCCAGCGCACCAGCAGCACCAGCAGAACCAGCAGCCCAUGGGGCCAGGACAGAGAGCAGGGUCAAGAUGAAUCGUAUGAGGCUGAGGAUCGCUCAGAGGCUAAAAGAGGCUCAGCAGACUUGUGCCAUGCUCACCACCUUCAACGAGAUAGACAUGAGCAACAUCCAGGAGAUGAGGAAGCUCCAUAAAGAUGCUUUCCUGAAACGACACAACAUCAAGCUGGGUUUCAUGUCGGCCUUCGUUAAGGCUUCAGCACACGCUCUCAUGGACCAGCCUUCUGUCAAUGGAGUGAUUGACGAUACAACCAAAGAGAUCGUGUACAGGGAUUAUGUUGACAUCAGUGUGGCUGUGGCCACUCCCAAGGGACUGGUUGUACCAGUUAUUCGCAACGUAGAGACCAUGAACUUUGCUGACAUUGAGAAAACCAUCAACGGUCUGGGAGAGAAGGCUCGUAAUAAUCUGCUGGCUGUGGAGGACAUGGACGGAGGAACCUUCACCAUCAGUAACGGAGGAGUGUUCGGUUCCAUGUUCGGCACGCCCAUCAUCAACCCGCCCCAGUCAGCCAUCUUGGGCAUGCACGGUAUCUUCGACAGGCCUGUGGCCAUCGGCGGCAAGGUGGAGAUCCGACCCAUGAUGUACGUGGCUCUGACCUACGACCAUCGGCUGGUCGACGGCAGAGAGGCCGUCACCUUCCUGCGUAAGAUCAAGUCUGUGGUGGAGGAUCCCCGUGUUCUACUGCUCGACAUGUGAUCCCAACCUCCCAUCACUACAGCAGGGUCACGUUCAGUACACAGGACUGUUGCCUGACAUUAUAGAGGGUUAUGCUAUAAACGCAGAAUCAGAGUUAGCCAGCUAACUUUGAUCAACAACCACAAAUAACUAGUUAUUGAUCUGGUUUAUUAAGAAAGCUCAACUUAGAUUUGCAUUUAUUUUUUGGGUUGUUCGGUCAAUUUUGACCAUGCUCAUUUCAAGGUUAUCCCCCCCCCCCAGAAUAUUUAGGUAAGUUAGCUGGCUCUCUUUGACCCUGCUUUGUAGUAUAACCCUCAGAUAGCAGUGUUGUGAAUAGAGCAGACUUGAUUCCUUCUUAUACCCUCGAGAGGGGUGUUGUUUCAACAUAAUGCUCCAAAACGUUGUGCCCUGCUGAACGCACCCCAAAGCUAUUUAAACAUCACUCAGCCUCUGUAUAAAACCAACCCCCCCCCCCCCCAAAACAAACACAAGCGACAGCCAAAUCUUGUCAUGUACUGCUUUUGGUUAAAGAGAGAGAACCUGAGUCCCUGAUCUGGUUGUGGUGUUUUGUCAGGAAUGGACUAAACAGAUAUAUGGGAAUCACGCAAACAGAGAAUUUAAUGUUGAGAUUAUUCACUUUAUUAUUGGGUGGUGUCAAUCUGCAGCUUUGGUUCAGAUUGACAUAUCAGAUUGAUUCAAUGGUUGGUCAACAUCAUACAGUGUUACCACUGACUGACUGAACCUACCAGGUCUGAUCUGUCUCAAUGUUAGACUGACUGAACCUACCAGGUCUGAUCUGUCUCAAUGUUAGACUGACUGAACCUACCAGGUCUGAUCUGUCUCAAUGUUAUACUGACUGACUGAACCUACCAGGUCUGAUCUGUCUCAAUGUUAUACUGACUGACUGAACCUACCAGGUCUGAUCUGUCUCAAUGUUAGACUGACUGACUGAACCUACCAGGUCUGAUCUGUCUCAAUGUUAGACUGACUGACUGAACCUACCAGGUCUGAUCUGUCUCAAUGUUAGACUGACUGACUGAACCUACCAGGUCUGAUCUGUCUCAAUGUUAGACUGACUGACUGAACCUACCAGGUCUGAUCUGUCUCAAUGUUAGACUGACUGAACCUACCAGGUCUGUUCUGUCUCUAUUAGACUGACUGAACCUACCAGGUCUGAUCUGUCUCAAUGUUAGACUGACUGACUGAACCUACCAGGUCUGUUCUGUCUCAAUGUUAGACUGACUGAACCUACCAGGUCUGAUCUGUCUCAAUGUUAGACUGACUGACUGAACCUACCAGGUCUGAUCUGUCUCAAUGUUAGACUGACUGAACCUACCAGGGCUGAUCUGUCUCUAUUAGACUGACUGAACCUACCAGGUCUGAUCUGUCUCUAUUAGACUGACUGAACCUACCAGGUCUGAUCUGUCUCAACGUUAGACCUGUACGUUCAAGGCACUUACAUGGCUGUCUAGAAGGAACGUGGAAGUCAGCAUUUCAUUGGACAGUGAACUGUACCAUGUGUAUCCAGUAUAUACGACUAAUAGACGUGAACUUUGAAAUAGAAACGGACACAUUUUAUUUUUCUUCAAAUCAUCAUGAAUUUUGUGUACUUUUUUUGUUUUUGUUUUUGUUGUUUUUAAAACACCGUGAUUUUCAUUGAGCUGUACAUGUAAUCUAUCCGUGCUCAUGAUUUAAAGCCAAUACAUGUUUUUAUAACGCUACCCUUAAGAAGUGCUCGGUCGGACAAGAUGAAGUCCAUUCUGAAGCUCGUGUGCUGUUUGACUAUCCCGGGUUCUGUGUUUUUGACAGCGCUAUUCAUGGGGGAUGCAGAAGCCUGUCUCCCCUGUACGUCUAGUCUCUUGGCUUCCUACUGUUGCAGUAACUUCUGCUUAUUUUGGGGUGACUGUCCCACUGAGCAGCAUUGGAAGUGAUUGGAAUCUCAUGGAAACUACCACACGCAUUGGUUGGGUCCAUAAUGGCAUCCUAUGUCGUUUAUAUAGUGCACUACAAAAGUAGGGCACUAUAUACGGAUUAGGGUGCCAUUUCAGAUACAGAUAUUGUCUUUGAGCUUUUGGUAGAGAAGGGAAUAACCACUUUCCGUCGUGUCUCUCUCUAGAUGGACUUCUAUCUGUCCGCGAGAAGGUACCAUGCUGUAGAACACCCGGACGCUAGUUUGGUUCAGGACUUACACAACACGGUUUUGGGAGUAGUUUUAGCAGCAUGCACAAUGUAUUUCUCAUGAUAACCUCUUCUUUAUGGAUCCCACCCAGGUAAAGAUUCUGUCUGUGCUGUAUACAAUGCUUUGUGACUAUUUAAAAACAACUAUUGUAGGUAGCAACGCGUAAUAACGCCACGUCAUAUAGCAUUUAUGAUGGGUUUAGUAACUAGUUUAUUUAAUCAUUACUCCAUUCAUAAAAUGUUUUAAUAUAGGUCAUUUAUAAACCAUUUAGUUAAGUCAUUACUUUAAAGUAUUUUUUUGGCUUGAACCUCAUCUAAAAAUAUAUAAAUAUGUAUUAUUUUGUGAGGGUUUAAACUUUACAAACCCGGAACUCCCAGAACUAAAUCUACUGACAAGAUGAUGUAAGGUUUCACUUCCGGGUUAAUUGAGAUAAGACUGCUCUUAAGGCAUGACUGCAAACCACACUUUGCUUUUGUUAGAAAGGUCACUGCCAAGAAACGCUAAUGUUCAAAUCAUCCUCUGUGUUGUGGGCUUAUUGUUUUAACCGUUGAUAAAGUUUGAGGGAACAUUUAGAGACCUUAAGGAGCAUCAGAUACUCCUGGAAUGUCUACCAUUGACCAUGUCCAUCUUUUGGUGAGGAAAUUACACUGGUCACUCAAAACAUUUAUAAAAUUAAUUAUAAAGUAUAAAAUAGACAACUUUUGAUUAGGUCAUGCAAAAAUACUUUACUAAUGAUUAGUAGAUGGUUUAGAAGGACUUAUAUUAAACAUCUUAGGAAACGUUAUUCAAUACUUUAAAAGUUGUUUUAUAAAUGUGUGAAUAACUAGGUUACUAAACUUUUUUUUUUUUUUUUUACAAAUGUGAGUAAUGAUGAAUAAAUGAUUCACUAAUCCAUUAUAAAAUGCUUUUAUGUAGAGUUAUUAUAGAGUGCUACCCAACAUUAAAACAUCUUUGUUUAAAUUGA